AAAAAGGCAAAAGGGAUGCAGCAGCAUGAAAUGAGUUAGAGAAUAGCGAGGAAGAAUGGAGUUGGAAAGAGCGAAGAAAUACCUGGAGAAAGGUGUGGAUGGCUAUGCCAAUGGCAAUGGAGGAAUGUUCGAAAACUUCAUGAUGCAAGGUCUUGGUCUGCACCUCGACUCCAUCGAACGUGGCCGAGUGCUUUGCUCCAUGAAAGUCCCCGUUCGACUUCUGAACCCAGGGAAUACGUUUCAUGGGGGAGCCACAACAUCACUGGUGGACCUGGUUGGCUCCGCGGUUAUACUCACUUAUGGACUUACUGCCACCGGUGUUUCUGUGGAGAUUACCCUCUCUUUACUGGAUGCUGCUUUCGCUAAUGAGGAAAUAGAGAUAGAAGGGAGGGCAUUGCGCAUUGGGAAGACGGUUGCGGUUGUGAAUGUCGAAUUUCGCAAGAAAAGCUCUGCCAAAAUAUUUGCACAGGCGCGUCAUACUAAGUAUCUCCAUCUCCCACCACCAGCACCUGUUCAAACCAAAAUGUAA